CUGAUCUUCUGAAAUCAUUGAAGGAGCAACUUAACCAGCAGAAUCAUUAAAGGCACUACAAUGAGUCAGGACAUAUGCAUAGUUUUGGUCGGCAAAACGGGAGUUGGAAAGAGUGCUUCAGGAAAUACCAUUCUUGGAGAAAGGAUAUUUGUGUCAGAAGCAAGAGCUGCAUUAGUCACUAAACAGAGUUCAUUUGAAUCUCGGAUGAUAAACAGAAAGCAGAUUUGUGUUGUGGACACUCCUGGUCUAUAUGACACAAGUCUGUCCAGUGAAGAAGUCUUGAAUGAGAUUGCGAAUGGCAUCAGACUUGCAGCUCCAGGUCCGCAUGUCUUUCUUCUUGUAAUUGCCAUUGGGCGCUUCACUAAAGAAGACAGAAACAUCGUUGGAUUGAUUCAGACAACCUUUGGCCGAGAAGUGCUCAGACACGUGAUGGUUUUGUUCACCAGGGCAGAUGAUCUUGAAGACAGGACAGUUGAAGAUUACAUCAAGGGAGCACCAGAGCUAAGAUUAGUGAUAGAUUCAUGCAAAGGGAAAUACCAUAUAUUCAACAAUAGAGAGAAGUCUGACCGUACCCAAGUUGAUGAGCUCAUGAGGAAGAUUGAAGCCAUGAUAAAGCAGAAUCAUAACAGCUACUACAGCCACCACAUGUUUAAAAAGUCAGAUGAACUCAACAGAGCUAGGAGAUCCAAAAAGGAAAAGGAUGCUGACCUGAAGUCAGAAGUCAAAAGUCAGAAGUCAGAAAAAGCUUUAGCGCAGAAGAAACGGACAAAAAGAAAUAAAAUAGCAGCAUUUCGUGAAGGAAUGAAUAAGUCAUCUUGCAGCAUACUAUAGUAUACAUGAGUAUAUGAUGCCAGCAUCUCAUAAAAUGUAUAAACGGGGCAUUACAAAAUACACAAAUCAGAAGAGUAACAUUAUAUUGUGUUAAAUCCCAACAAUUCAUGUUUUUAUUAAUCUUUUUGAUUUAAAAAAAUAUGUAUGUACACUUUUAUUCGUUUAAUUAUCUGCUUGAAGAUACAGAUACAGUAUGUACAGAUAAUCUGCUUUAUCCACUUCGAAUUUGGUUGUGGUUAGAAGUUUACAGACUGUAUUAUUCCUGUAUUGUUCAACAUAUCAGCUACAGACAUUUUAUGUUUGUUUUUCAAAAUUUUUUCUUCCAUUUUUU